AGAAGAACGUCCGUUGUGUUUAAAGUUUUUGGCGGAUAUUUUGACCUGUUAGCUAAUUAGCUACGUAGAAACAGAAGUUUCUAAACGGAUUAUUUUAAGGUUAUCGAAAAUGGAAAGAUCCAGGAUGAGCCGAGCAUCCAGCAGUAGGCUCUCUGAGCUCCCUCAAAGAGUUGAAAGCAACAGAAUGAGCAUGGUUUAUGCAACACCGCAGAGCAAACAACCAUCCUUCGGAAAGUUGAACAUUCCUAAGCCCCAGUCAGUCACAUCCGAGAGAAGAACCAGCUUUUUUGGUAGUCGGACCAGUGGGGCUGGCAUGGCUCGCAACAGCACCUUUGGAGCCUUUGGAGGUGCAGAGAAGAUGAAGGAUCCCCGGCCCUUACACGAUAAGGCCUAUGUUCAGCAGUGCAUCAGACAGUUGUGUGAGUUUCUGUCAGAGAAGGGCUUUCCAGGUUCAAUGUCGGUCAAGUCUCUCCAGUCGCCCUCCACCAAGGAGUUCCUAAAGAUCUUUGAGUUCAUCUACUGCCUCCUGGACCCCACCUUCCAGAUGCCCACCUCCAAAGUGGAGGAGGAGGUCCCCAGGAUUCUCAAAGACUUGGGGUAUCCAUUUGCGCUCUCCAAAAGUUCCAUGUACUCUGUUGGGGCACCACAUACCUGGCCACAGGUCUUGGGGGCUGUUGUCUGGCUCAUCGAUACUGUGAAGAUAUUUUGCUGUAUGAGUGAACAGGACCUGCUAUUUGCUGAUUUCUCUGACGGAAGCACAGAGAUUGAGGAGGGGGUUGAGUUCAACAAGCUCUUUCUGGACUACACUGCUGAAACCUACAAUAAGUUCAUGCAAGGAGCGGAUACGUUUGAAGAAGAGGAUGCAGAGUAUCUUGCUAAACUAAAGAGACUUUACAACGUUGACGAAGCGCUUCUCGCGUCCAUGGAGGAGAAGUACAGGAUGCUGAGGGAUGAGGUUGAGCGACUGGAGAAAGAAAGCCAAACGGACCGAUUGAUGGUCAAAAGAACAGAGAAAGUCAAACUUCAGACAGACCUGCAGAAACUGCAGAGUUAUCGAAGUAACCUGGAGUCUUUCAAAGCCAACCUGGAGAACAAAGCCUCUGGAUUGGCCGAGGAGCUGGAAUCAUCAGGACUGCAGGUGGAGACCCUAAAACAGGAGGAGUCCCGGCUCCAACACAUCUUGUCCACCCAGAAGUUCACCCCCGCAGACAUUGACAGGAUCAACUGGGAGAAGAGGGAACUGCAGCAGACCAUCAACAGCCUGAGCAAGAGCCUGGAGCAGGCCGAGCAGCACAUGUGGAACGAGGAGAUCACUCUGGCCAAGGUCAAAGAGACGGCCGAAGUGAAGCUAGCCGAGUACCACAAGCUUGCCCGCAAACUGAAGCUCAUCCCUGUGUCUGCUGAAAACGCGUGCGGCCACGACUUUGAGAUCAGGACCUCCACAGAAUAUGGACCGUCCACCAUGGUUCAAUGCAGAACUCAGAUUCAACAACCACUGAGGAAACUGAUCACUGAUGUGGAAGAGGAGUGUAGUCGACUGACAGACAUGAAACUAAGCCUGGAGGAGUCCAUAGAACAGGUGAAUUCCAAUAUUUCCGAAAAAGCAAAUGACUUGAAACAACUCAGAGAGCAAAUCCGCAGGCUCGACGAGCAGCUUGAACAAGACAUGCAGGACAUUGCCCAUGAGGAGCAGAAGUGGUCUGCUGAGAUGGAGUCUGUGGAGAACCACCGCAAGCUGCUGGAGAAGAAGGUGACCCUGGGCUAUGACGAGGCUGUGGAGCAGCUGAAAGCUGCACAGCAACAGUACCAUCUUGUCCUGCAAGAAACCAAUGAGGAGCGGCGGACUGUGGUUCACAACCUUGCCAGUGUGUUCACCACGGCUGCCAACCACCUGUCCAUUGUGGAGAAAUUCUUGGAGGAUCAACACAAGCGAGUAGACAGGGUGUACACGGAAGCCUUCCGGGAGGACGAGGUGGACAUUCAGAAGUUGAAGGACAUGAUGGAGAGCUUCAUCACUAAAGCAAACAGCUUGUAGUGCCGCGCGUUACUAUAAAAGUUGCCAUGAGCUCUCUAACUCUUUACUUGGUUAUUCAAUUAAUUCCAUUGGAACAAUCCCAGUGGGCAAAACUUGGUUUAAUGACGUUGUUACAACAGAAACUAGUUGAAAUUACGUUGUUACAACAGAAGCUAGUUGUAAGGACGUUGUGACAACCAGAAACUAGUUGGAAUGACGUUGUGACAACAGAAAGUAGUUGAAAUGACGUUGUGACAACCAUAAACUAGUUGUAAGGACGUUGUGACAACCAGAAACUAGUUGGAAUGAUGCCAUUGACAUAUUUUCAACCAGUUUUGCCUGUUGGGAUGAGUGCAGCUUUUCUUCUCAUCUAAGUGACGUCUUUACUGACCACAGUGAGCAGAACAUCAGUUCCAAACGGCCGCGCCAUCUUCUGCAGUUUCCCUGGUCACUGCUCUAAAGCAUUGGGAACUUGUGAGACCAGAUGGGCAUGCAGACUGUAUUGGGUGCUGGUAGAAAUAAUGGAUCAAUAUGAGUUUUACUUUGUUCAAGUACCCUUGGGUUAGGUAAUGGACGAACUGUUGUUAAACCCCUUUUUGUAAAGUAUUUUAUUGUGGUGAUUCUCAUCUGUUGAGCACUAGAGGGCAGUGUAAGGCUAGAUUUACAGUACAGCAGUUUCUGGUCAGCUGAAAUAUUUAUGGUUAUUUGUUUUUCACUGCAGUUUGUGAUGCUUUAAAUAAAGUUAUGUAGCCCCAA